GAUUCUCAAGAGGGAGAGAGAGACAAGGGAGAGAUGGAUCAUUCAAUACCUGACAAACAAAUUCUCAAGAGCGAGGCUCUGAAACAGUACAUCUUGGAAACAUCAGCGUAUCCAAGAGAGCCCAAAUUGCUUAAGGAACUUCGAGAAGCUACAGUCGAGAGAUAUGGCAAUAUGAGCGAGAUGGUGAUUCCAGUUGAUGAGGGUCUAUUUCUCUCGAUGCUUGUAAAGAUGACGAAAGCCAAAAACACUAUAGAGAUCGGUGUUUUUACUGGUUACUCGCUUUUCUUCACGGCUCUUGCUUUACCUGAAGAUGGCCGUAUUACUGCCAUAGACAUUGAACGAAUCGGUUACGAUAUGGGACUAGAAUUUAUGAAGAAAGCAGGUGUUGAUCACAAGAUCAAUUUCAUCAAAUCAGAUGCUCUUAAGGCAUUAGACGAAUUGGUGAAAGGGGAGAAACAAGAGUUUGAUUUCGCAUUUGUGGAUGGUGACAAGAGGAAUUACUUUAACUUCUUUGAGAGGCUGCUUAAGUUAGUGAAGGUUGGUGGAAUCAUUGCUUUCGACAAUACCUUGUGGUUCGGUACCGUGGCUGAGGAAGAGGAUGAAGUUGAAGAUCAUAUGAGGCUAUAUAGAAAGGCUAUUUUACAAUUCAAUGAGAAAAUCGCUUUGGAUUCUCGAGUCGAGAUCUCUCAAGUCUCCAUUGGAGAUGGUAUGACGCUCUGCAGACGCCUUGUGUGA